AUGUGGCUGUUUACUAACAGGGAUUCAGACAGCUUGUUGGGAUCAGCUACCUCAUUAGGCUUGAACUUUUCUCAUGACCCAGUUCCUGGUUUCUCUAUUGACCCACCCAACUCAGAACCAUUAGGAACGAUUUAUGGCCCAUAUGAUUUCAAAUGGCGACUUCUCCCUGGUCAGAAAAAGAAAACCAAAGAAGAGGUUACUUUGUUUGUGUGCAACCUAAGUUCGAAUGCUGCAACCAGGGAAGCUAGUACUAUUCUGUCUAUUUUUCAAAGUACAGUCAAGUGGAUGAAAACAUUACGUCAUCCAAAUAUGCUUACUUGGAUCGGUGGAUCAGAGAUUGGUUCAGGGAAAUUACCUAAUGAAAUUGGCUUUGUUACGGAACGUGUUCUACCAUUACGGGAAUAUCUACGCAUUAAAGCAGAUUGUGGAAAUUUCAACCUUCUCUCUUCAUGGGGUAUACAUCAGAUCGCCAAAGCGUUAAUUUUCUUAAAUGAUGACGGUAAAUUGGCACAUAAUGCUGUGCGUUUAGAUAGCGUAUUUGUAACUACAGCUGGUGAAUGGAAGUUAGGCGCUUUAGAUUUUGUCGGACCUGUCAAUGAACCUCCACCGUCUACUAGACAAACAGCAGGUUUUGUGGAUGCAAAUACAACAGAUCCAUACAUGCCUCCAGACAAUCGUCUCGUUGAUUCAUGGGGUUUGGGAUGUUUAAUAUGGGAAAUAUUUAACCCGUCUUCAACAUUAAAAGAUCGCGCUCAGUUAAUUGAAUCUUCAUAUUCGAAGAGAAUUCCUAAAGCAUUAGUACAUGAUUAUCGACGUCUCAUUGCUCAAAGUGCUACAAAAGGUGGAGUGAAACGAUUCACCGUGUCUCAAUUUCUCCAGUCAACUCGUAAUUCAGAAAAACAAGGAUUUUUAGCCAAUGAUUACGUAGACACAUUAUUAUUUUUAGAAGAGAUUGAAUUAAAGGAUAGUAUGGAAAAAUCCACAUUUUUAAAAAAUCUUGCCACACAAAUAACAAGUUUCCCAGAUGAUGUAUGCCGUCAUAAAAUACUACCUCAUUUAGUUAAUGGUUUACGUUAUGGAUCUGCUGGAGUUGAUGCUCUUCUACCUGUAUUGCGUCUUAUUCCAUUGUUAUCGGAUAAUGAUUUUCAAACCUAUGUUCUCCCAUGUCUUUUAAAAUUGUUCUCAUCACCUGAACGUGCAACACGUGUACGCCUUUUAGAACAUCUACCUGAUUUUGUACAACAUUUACAAACAAAAUGUAUAGAAACACAAAUUUUCGGUCCAGUUUCUGCUGGUUUCACAGAUACACAUCCAGUUGUACGUGAAGCGACUGUACGUGCAAUGAUUCAUUUGGCACCAAAACUUUCAACAAAACUACUAAAUGAGAAUUUAAUAAAGCACAUAAUAACAUUACAGUCACGAGAUGCACAAGGUGGAAUUCGUACUAAUGCAACUGUAUGUUUAGCAAAAUUAGCAUCAUAUUUUUCAACACAAACACAACAAGGUCCAAUUUUAGGCGCUUUUCUUCGAGCAACUCGUGAUUCAUUCUUGCCGAAUCGUCAAGCAGCAAUAACUGCCUUAGCUGCUACACAAGAAUAUUAUACAAAUGAUUUAUUAGCUGGAAAAGUCCUACCUUGUUUGUCAUUCUUAACGACUGAUACAGAGAAGUCAAUACGUGAUGAUACAUUUCGUGCCAUACGUGGUAUACUUGAUCGAUUGGAACAUGCUAGUGAACAUAACACAUCUAAUCAAGCGACAAGUGAUAAUCAAACAUCAAGUGCAGAUAAUACUUCACGAACUGGUACAAGUGGAGCAUCUUCAGCCAGUGCACUUACUCAAUGGGCUUUGUCUGCUUUGUCAUUUUCUACUCGUAUUUUACCAUCAUCAUCAACAACGACAACUACAGCCACGACAAAAUCGUUUGAUACGGAUGUACGAUCAACAUCCGAUCCUUCAUUAUCAUCGUCAGCAUCACAACUCAAUAGAAACUCAAAUGACUUAGAAAGAAUUGAAGAAAAACAGUGCAGUAAUAAUAUUUUAGGAAAUUCCAAUAAAUCUGCUCGAUUAAUUUCACCCAAAUCAGCUUCAAAGUCGACUGUUAAUCAUGACAAAGAAUCAAAUUCAUGGGAUCUUAUGGACAAUACUAAUAAUAAUGCUGCUACUGAUGAUGAUGACGGUGGUGAUGAUGAUUGGAAUUUAGAUAUAAAUGAUGUUUUUGAAGAUGUAGAUGACAAUAAAUCAACAUUAAAGCAUAACUCAGAAAAUAAAAAAAUUUUAUCAGAGUCUAAUAUUCCCCCACUUACACCUUCAUCCUAUUGGGAUUAUCAACCACCGUGUAAUCAAGAAACAAAGAAUAAAAUUGACUUGGAUUGGAAUUCAAAUGAAUUUUUCGAUAGUCUUACUCUAAACGAGAAUCCAAUUGAAAAGAGAACGAGUACAAAGAAAUCAACUGUUAAAUUAUCACAAUCUUCAGAUAUAAUGAAAAGCUUACCGUCGACAAAUCAUUCGAAUUAUCAAUCAAAAAAGUCAUCAUCUGAACAUGUUCCAACUCGAACUAAUUCUAGUAAAACUGAUAAGCCUAUAAACUCAUCGAAAAGACAACAAAGUGAAUCAAAUAAAUCAAACGUUGUCAAUAAUGCUAGUAAUGAUGAUGGUGAUG